AUGGACUCUCCUCCACUGAGGCCCCCUUCUCAAGACUCGAGGGAAGAUGACAAUUUUCGUUUCAAGACCAACGGCACACCCUGCCCCAAUGGAAAGCAUGAUGGGCUCGUGCUGGAAGUCAUGGGUCCAAAUCUCUCAGAGCUUCUGCAUAAGAGACCCGAUUUCCAAGUGGGCGAGCCUUGGGAGCGGCGGUUCACUACCGCAUUUGCGAAGAGGGCAUUGCUAGACACUCUAAAGGCUCUGGACUUUCUACACCAACGAGACGUGGUCCAUGGGGAUCUCCACUUUGGAAAUAUUCAUACUUGCAUUGGUCAACUCAAGGUUUCGCCAGAAACAGAGAGCAAAUUACAGCAAUCGGUUAGCGAAGGUCAGCCUUUGGUGCGUAAAGAUGGUAAAAGGGAUCUAUGGGCGCCAUCGCAUCUUCUUGAACCGAGGCCUCUUCACAAAUACUUCUCUGAUGAACUCCAACCACUUGUAAAGCUUGCUGAUUUGGGUGGUGCAUUCUCUAGCAAGGAGCCAAUUACCGGGAGAGACGCAGUCACUCCUGUCGCUCUCAGGGCACCUGAAGUUAUAGUCGACGAUGUCGUUGGUAAGGGUCUUGACGUCUGGUGCUUUGGCUGCCUGAUCUUUGAAAUGCUCGUUGGGUGCCCGCUUUUUGUCGGGCUCCAAAAUCUCGAAGGGAAACCAUAUGAUGAGAUCACGAAUGACGAACACUUGUGCCAGAUUUGGGACGUGAUUGGCCCUUUUCCUCAGUCAUUACGAGAGAAGUGGCGGCGAGCCGAUAACUACUUCGGCUCCGAUGAUGAGAAGCUUCAACCUCAAGAUGAGGGAGAAGACAGUCCGAACGAGGACAAGGACGAGGACAUCAGGAAUACAGGCAACAGUGCCAGCCUUGGUGCUGAGUCCGACGAAGAGAUGUCGGAUACUUCAUCUGUGCCAUUAGCCUAUCCUGGCGAAUAUUCUUCCCUGGAGCGCCAGUUUGCAGAUGAAAAGCCUGAUGACAUUAGAGAGACCGAAGAACAGGAAAUAUUGCAUUUGCUACGAUGGAUAUUUCAGUAUGACCCAAGCCGUCGCCCGUCUACGGCUGAGCUUCUUGAUCACCCGUGGGUCAGUCGCUCUCGAGGUAAUGGCAGUAAUACCACUCAGUAA